AAAGGGUGCUAGCUUUCUUUAUGCCCCAGCUGCUGGAGUGCUGCCUCCCCGUGCUCUCUCCAUAUAAACACACCACCCCUCCUCUGCUCUGCACACUCCAACCAAGCACUACACACUCACACACUCACUCACACACAAGCUCGCUCGGUGACAGGAGAGCUCAAGGUAUGGCGGCGGGAAGCGGAGGCAUCGCCGACGAGAAGGCGCCUGAGGCGUUCGGGCUGAGCCGGCACACCACGGAGGCGGCAGAGGAGGAAGACGGCGGCGGCGAGUCGGGCGCCAAGUCCAAGCUGUCCGGCCUGCUGUGGCACGGCGGGUCUGCCUACGACGCUUGGUUCAGCUGCGCCUCCAACCAAGUGGCUCAGGUGCUUCUGACGCUGCCCUACUCGUUCGCGCAGCUGGGGAUGCUGAGCGGCAUCCUGUUCCAGAUCUUCUACGGGGUGAUGGGCAGCUGGACGGCGUACCUGAUCAGCAUCCUGUACCUGGAGUACCGCACCCGGAAGGAGCGCGACAAGGUGGACUUCAGGAACCACGUGAUCCAGUGGUUCGAGGUCCUGGACGGCCUCCUGGGCCGGCACUGGCGCAACGCCGGGCUGGCCUUCAACUGCACGUUCCUCCUCUUCGGCUCCGUGAUCCAGCUCAUCGGCUGCGCCAGCAACAUCUACUACGUCAACGACCGGCUGGACAAGCGGACGUGGACCUACAUCUUCGGCGCCUGCUGCGCCACCACCGUCUUCAUCCCCUCCUUCCACAACUACCGCGUCUGGUCCUUCCUCGGCCUCGUCAUGACCACCUACACCGCCUGGUACAUCGCCGUCGCGUCGCUGCUCAACGGCCAGGUCGAGGGGGUCACGCACUCCGGCCCCACCAGGAUCGUGCUCUACUUCACCGGCGCCACCAACAUCCUCUACACCUUCGGGGGGCACGCCGUCACAGUGGAGAUCAUGCACGCGAUGUGGCGCCCUCAAAAGUUCAAGUCCAUCUACCUGCUGGCGACGGUGUACGUGCUGACGCUGACGCUCCCCUCCGCCUCCGCGGCGUACUGGGCGUUCGGCGACGCGCUCCUCACGCACUCCAACGCGCUGGCGCUGCUCCCGCGCACCCGCUUCCGCGACGCCGCGGUGGUGCUCAUGCUCAUCCACCAGUUCAUCACCUUCGGCUUCGCCUGCACCCCGCUCUACUUCGUCUGGGAGAAGCUCAUCGGCCUCCACGACUGCCGCAGCCUCUGCAAGCGCGCCGCCGCCAGGCUCCCCGUCGUCGUGCCCAUCUGGUUCCUCGCCAUCAUCUUCCCCUUCUUCGGGCCCAUCAACUCCGCCGUCGGCUCCCUCCUCGUCAGCUUCACCGUCUACAUCAUCCCGGCGCUGGCGCACAUGGUCACCUUCAGGUCCCCACAGUCGCGUGAGAACGCCGUGGAGCGGCCGCCGAAGUUCGCCGGAGGAUGGACUGGCGCGUACGUGAUCAACUCCUUCGUGGUGGCGUGGGUGCUGGUGGUCGGCUUCGGGUUCGGCGGCUGGGCCAGCAUCACCAACUUUGUGCAGCAGGUCAACUCCUUUGGGCUCUUCGCCAAGUGCUACCAGUGCCCGCCGCACCUCGCUGCUCCGCCGGUGCUCCUCGCGCCACCACCCAUGGCCCCAACCCCCUCGAUGCCACCGGUAAUGUCACUCAACACCACCGGUGGCGCUGGACUCUUCCCUCCAGCUUCGGCUCCAGCUCCGGCACCGUCUCCGAUGAUGCACUUCUUCCUCCGCCACCACCACCACCGGCACCACGGCCGCCACGGCCUGUGAUCGAUCGGAUGACCGGACCGUGGCGACGGAUAUCAGUGCUUGCGUUUUCUGUAGCUUUAGCUAGUUAUUAAUCAGCAGCAAUGUGCAAGUUAGGCUUCGUAAAAUGAUGUCCUUUGCUCUACUGUAAUUCCUUGUUGAGAUAAACGAGAGGCUAUCUGGUGGUGA